UUAUAUUUAAUAUGGAAUUAAAUAUCUAAAGAAGAAUAAAUCUCUAUCUAGUAUAUCAAAAAAGAAUUCAAAUUAAGUGUGAAAAAUGAAUCCUUUUAUUCGACUAAGUUUAAUAGUCACUUGCCUUUUAUUAGGCGUUGUUGGUCAAUAUGAAUGGCAAUCAAGAGAUCCAUUUGAUGAAAUUCGAUUUAGGAUAGACAAAGUUAAUGCAGAUAAUUGUCCAAUACAAUAUCUUGGUGAUUUGUAUUUACCAGAGGAUUCAGUAUCACAUUUGCCAGAUAUAAAAGAUAUUAAUAUUAAUCCUGUGUUUCCAAAUAGAACAGCUUUGUUACAUUUACACAACAUGGCAUUGAGCAGAUCUUUUUUUUGGAGUUAUAUACUUCAAUCUAGAUUUAUAAGACCAGCCAUCAAUGACACUUACGAUCCAGGCAUGAUGUAUUAUAUUUUAUCAACGGUUGCUGAUGUAUCUUCUAAUCCUUAUAUAAAUGCUUCCGCUAUAUAUUUUGCACCAAAUACUUCAUAUACUCCAUCGUACAGAGGAUUCUUUAAUAAAACCAUGCCAAGGUUUGCACCGAGAACUUUCAGAGCGGAUGAUUUUAAUGAUCCUAUACAUUUGGAAAGAAUAUCUACACGUAAUACUUUUACCGUACAAGAUCUUGGUGCAUUUCCUAGUGAUACUCUUAGCAAAGAUUAUACAACUGAUUACUAUAGGAUAAAUGAAUGGUACAAAAAGUGGUUACCUGAUAACGUAGUAAAGAGACAUGAUACUAAAGCUACCUACCAAGUUGAAAUUCGUUAUGCUAAUAAUACUAAUGAAACUUUUACAUUUCAUGGACCUCCAGGUGCCGAUGAAUACCCUGGUCCUGUGAAAUGGACUAGACCUUACUUUGAUUGCGAAAGAUCCAACCGUUGGCUUGUAGCUGCUGUAGCACCAGUUGCAGAUGUAUAUCCACGACAUACAGGAUUUAGACAUAUCGAAUAUCCAAAAUAUACUGCUGUAUCUGUAUUAGAAAUGGAUUUUGACAGAAUAGAUAUAAAUCAAUGUCCAAGGGGUAAAGGAAAUAAUGGGCCGAACAGAUUUGCAAAUACUGCACGAUGUAAAACGGAUACUACAGAGUGUGAACCAUUGCAUGGAUGGGGAUUUCGAAGAGGUGGUUAUCAAUGUAGAUGUAAGCCAGGUUUUAGAUUACCGACUGUUGUACGCCGACCGUAUCUUGGAGAAAUAAUUGAAAGAGCAACUCAAGAACAAUAUUAUAAUGGAUUUGAUUGUAGUAAAAUAGGAUGGAUUCAAAAAAUGCCAGUGGAAUGGAAAAAAGCACCAUAUUAUAUUAGAGAAAAAUAUCUUGAACAGUAUUAUCAGUAUAGGAAUUUAACAGCAGAGCCGGACUAUUCAAAUCCGGCAAAAAUGAAUAUCUAUGAAACAUUAAAGUUCAUUAACAGUAUAAAUGCAAGAACAUGUAAAAAUUAUACGGCAGAUGAUUUAGUCUUGGACGGUGAUAUUGGUUUUGGUGCGGAAGAGUUCUUUGAAAAUGAAGCAAAAAUGGCAACAAGACUUUCCAAUUUUAUUAGUGCAUUUCUACAAAUAUCCGAUACGCAUGAAGUUUAUUCUGGUAAAAGGGUACCGGAUAAACCUCUUACGGAAGAUCAGAUGUUCGGCGAAACACUGGCUUUAAUUCUUGGAGAUACCAAAAUUUGGUCAGCAGGAACAUUCUGGGAUAGAAAUAAAUUUACUAAUAGGACAUAUUUUGCACCUUUGGCUUAUAAAACUGAGCUUAAUACGCGAAAGUUUAAACUUGAAGAUUUGGCUAGAUUAAAUGACACUGAUGAAGUUUACACUAGAAAAAAUUAUUUCAAAUUUUUGAAACAAAGAUGGGCAGCCAAUUUCGAUGAUUUAGAGAAAUAUUUUAUGAAAAUAAAAAUUAGAUACAACGAAACUGGCGAAUAUCUUAAACAAUAUGAACGUUAUCCAAAUCAUUAUCGAGCAGCAAAUCUGAAUCAUGGUUACUGGACAGUUCCAUACUUCGAUUGUGAUGGUAAAGUGAAAAAAUGGAUAAUUACUUAUGCAUCUCCAUUCUUCGGUUGGGACAGUUUAAGACAAAAAUUAGAAUUUAAAGGUGUGGUUGCUGUUACUAUGGAUUUACUUCAAUUGGAUAUCAAUCAAUGCGAUGAUAAAUUUUAUCGUCCGAAUGCAUUUAAACAUACACAUAAAUGUGAUAGAAAAACGUCAUAUUGUGUGCCUAUCCUUGGUCGAGGUUUUGAAACAGGUGGAUAUAAAUGUGAAUGCAAACAAGGAUUUGAAUAUCCUUUUGAAGAUUAUAUUACAUACUAUGAUGGGCAGCUAGUAGAAGCAGAGUUCAGUAAUAUUGUCGAUGACAAAGAAACAAGGUACGAUAUGUUCAAAUGCCGUAUAGCUGGUGCAUCUUCAAUCCAAGCAAGUUGGGUUAUCAUUUUGUCAUUACUAAUAGUAAUUAAUCCAUUGCUUAGAAGAUAAAAUGAAAUUUUUAUUUACGUUACGUUAAAUCAUUCCUUUUUUAACUAAUUUAAUGUUACUUAUGUUACAUGGGUAUUUUAAUAUGUGCCGUCCAUUUUUUUGAAAUCUUUUUAAAAGUUAUUAUUGACAUAAUAAUUAUAGGAUAGAUAUAAUAUAGACAUCACACGUUGCCGUCC